AAAAAUUUUUUUACAGCGAACUAUUAAGAAGAUGUAUAGGUUUAGCAACACUGCGAUAGGUUUCUUGAAUUUUUUCACACUGUUAGCAUCGAUACCGAUCAUCGGAGCCGGUUUAUGGAUGGCAAAGAGUAGCACAACCUGUGAAAGUUUCCUUCAAACACCACUGCUUGUAUUAGGUUUUGUUAUAUUGAUAAUUUCAUUGGCAGGUUUCAUUGGGGCUUGCUUUAAUGUGGUGUGGGCACUUUGGGUUUAUCUGCUUGUCAUGUUGUUUAUCAUUGCUGCUUUAAUGGGAUUGACUAUAUUUGGAUUUGUGGUCACCAGCCAAGGUGGUGGGGGGGCAGUUCCUGGUAGGGUUUACAGGGAGUAUAGGUUGGAAGAUUAUUCACCUUGGUUGAGAAAUAGGAUCAAGGAUCCUCGGUAUUGGAAUACUAUUACAAGUUGCUUGUUGAAUUCCAGGACUUGUGCCAAAGUUGCCUUCUGGACUCCUCUUGAUUAUCUCAACAAAGACAUGACCCCAAUCCAGUCUGGUUGCUGUAAGCCACCAACAUCAUGCAAUUACAACAUGGUGACAACAGUAGCCCAAAACCCAGAUUGCUACAGAUGGAACAAUGCUCCCACCAUGCUUUGCUAUGGGUGUGAUUCAUGCAAAGCUGGGGUGCUUGAAUCUGUGAGAAGGGAUUGGCACAAACUCUCAGUUCUUAACAUUGUCAUGCUUUUGCUGUUGAUUGGGAUUUAUGCUAUUGGUUGCUGUGCUUUCCAAAACACUAAAAGGGCUGAAACUGAUUACCCUUAUGGCCGAAACCGGAUGUCCAAAGUUAGACCUAGAUGGGAUUACUUCUGCUGCAGAUGGUGGCAUGACAGAAAACAGCAGCUUUACUAGCAGACUCCACUUUUCCCUUUUUU